GAAAUUCAAAACAUAAUCUUAUAUUUACUUGGUGGAAGUGGACACUGUCCACCUUGGAUCAAGAUAAGGGGAAGGAAUGAGAUAAAAAAUGUAGUUACUCUUAUGGUCCCAGGAUUUGAUCCUGGAAUGUUUGGUAUGUCUGGUGAAUCGGCCAUUAUGAUUAACAGACCAAUCGAAAUUUCACGACUCUUAGAAAGAGGAUUAUACGGAGAUCAAACGCGAAAUGCGUGUGAGGCACUUCCGGCGCUUUCUCAAGUAUUCUCGCAUGCGUGUGUUACACAAGCUCCUGGUGAAAACGGGAAGCUGCACUCUUCUUUUUUCAGUUUGAUGUCCUGCUAUAUACCUGAAGAGUAUAAGAAAUACUUAGUUGACAGAUCAAAGGUGAAUGUUAAUGAUGUUACUGAUACAGUUGAUG